UAUGCAUUUAGUGACAGUGAUCGGGAGUGUGCACUGUUGAACCUGGAGAUGUUCUGUGCAGAUAAAUAUAUUCCCUGGGACGCACUCAUCUAUAUCACAGGGGAGAUUACUUAUGGUGGUCGUGUCACUGAUGCCCAAGAUCAGAGAUGUCUUCGCACAAUUCUCAAAAUAUUUUUCAAGCCAGAUACACUGGACAGCAAAUACAAGUACUCAGAAUCAGGAAUCUACUAUGCUCCACUUUCCAAGUCCAUUGCUUCAUUCAAAAAUUACAUUGAGUCUCUACCUAUUAUUGAUGAGCCAGAGAUUUUUGGACUUCAUGAGAAUGCCAAUAUUGCUUUUGAGAUGAAGGAAACUCACACAUUAUUAGGCACCAUACUGGAAGUCCAACCCCGAGUGUCAGGAGAUGAGACUGGCCUGUCAAAUGAUGACAUUGUCUAUGCCCUGGCUGACAAUAUUCUGGACAGACUCAUAGACAAGUUGGACGUUGAAGAAGCAGACCCCUCAAUGUUUGCGCCUGACAGCAAGGGACGACAGAAUUCUUUGACCAUUGUAGUCACUCAGGAGUCGGAGAGAUUUAAUAAACUUCUGAAAGUUAUCAAGAGAUCAUUGGAUCAGCUGAAAAAAGCUAUCAAAGGUUUUGUGGUCAUGAGUGAAGAACUAGAGAACCUUUACAAUGCGUUUCUAAAUAAUCAGGUACCAGGUCUUUGGGCUAGCGCUGCAUAUCCAUCACUGAAAACUCUGGCAUCAUGGGUGAAAGAUCUUGUGAUGCGAUGUGCCUUUAUAAAAAACUGGAUUGCUCAUGGCAAUCCUAAAUCCUACUGGCUGUCUGGAUUCUUCUUCCCUCAAGGAUUUCUGACUGGUGCACUGCAGAACUUUGCCAGGAAGUACAACCUUCCUAUUGAUCAUCUCAGUUUCAAAUUUAAUAUGCUGCAGGUCUCACGAGACCAGGAGAAAGUCACAGAGGAAAUGUCUCAGAUUCACAAAGGAGAAACUAUACCCCAGGAUGCUGAAUUGCUCUCGCCGGAUGAUGGUGUUCUUGUACACGGACUCUUCAUGGAUGGCUUCGCCUGGGACUGGCACUCCAUGUCCUGCUGUGAUAUGAUUAAAGGCCAGAUGAACUCUGGUUUACCUGUGAUGCAUAUGGACCCAAAAAUGGACUAUGAGCCAGACUCCUCUCUGUAUUCUGCUCCACUGUACAAAACUUCAGCCAGGGCUGGGACCUUGUCAACCACAGGUCACUCUACGAACUAUGUGGUUGCCGUGUAUCUGCCAUCAUCAAUGCCCCAGGACUACUGGAUAGCCAAGGGGGCUGCUCUUCUGUGCCAGCUCAGUGACUGA